GCGCUGCGUGCGUGCAGGUAAAAAGGAACAAGCGACACAAAACCGAAAACGUUCGUCUCGGUGGAGCGCGAGGGCUGCGAUGGAGACAGAGAAGCCGUUCCGUGCGACAGAAACCCCAAAGCGACGCGUUUGAAGUCGGCGGAGAGAAAGAAGAAAAAAAGGAAAAGAAAAGCGCAACACCUUCGGCUUCUUGGGAGAAAAGUGCCGUUGUGUCACCCACCGCUCGGGCUCGCGGGGCACACGCUUUGUACGGCGAGCAACUUGGACAGCUGCGUGUUUUCAAGCGAGCCAUCAACAAAGAAUGAAAGCGUUCAAACGAGCUCUGGAAGAAGAGCAUCGCCCGGAGCAGGAGCACUCCUCCGCCGUGUCGGACAGCGAUGACGGCUCCCCGCUCGACCUGUCGGGAAGGGGUCUCUUUGGGAAGCGCCGUCGCCGCGGCAACCUGCCGAAGGAGGCGGUGCAGACUCUGCGUAGCUGGCUGUACGAGCACCGCUUCAACGCCUACCCGUCGGAGCAGGAGAAGCUCAGUCUGUCAGGCCAGACCAACCUCUCUGUGCUGCAGAUCUGCAACUGGUUCAUCAACGCACGUCGCCGCCUCCUCCCCGACCUGCUGCGCAAGGACGGCAAAGAUCCCACAAAGUUCACCAUCUCCCGCAAGGUCGGCGGCAAAAGUGAAGUCCACUCGACUAACGGAGGCGGAGCCAGCUCGCCGGAAAGCAACUCCUCCACCGGCUCGUCUCAACAGCGGCCGUCCGUCAUCCGCUCGGCCCCGACGCUGGACCUCAGCCUUCUCGGGAGCACGGCGACGGCGAUUCUGACCGGAGCGGGCUACCCCGGGAGGGAAGGGUCGGUCCAGGCGCUGAUGAGGCUGGACACUCAAAGUCUGCUGAGGGAGGCGGAGGAACAGGGGGCGAGCAUGGUUUGUCUCACCGGCACAACGAUGGCAGCCAGCCCCAGCAGCGGGCUCUUCAACACGCCUCCCCCGACUCCUCCCGAGCUGUUCCCCGCCCAGGACUUCAGCGACUUGAGGCUCCUGGUCGACGCUGCUCUGCAAAGGGCGGCGGAGCAGGAGAACCUGAAGAGGCUCCAGGAGAGCCAGAGCAGACCCGCGGAGGCUGUAAAGACUGAACUCGUGGAGGCAAAGUGUAGCGCUUACAGCGGUGACCUGGGACCCACGCCGCCUCCAGAAGACAGCCAACAGGUCAUGGAUCCUUCCAGGGUGCAGAGUCUGAUGGAGAAGGCUAUGGCUGUCCCAGUGUCAGCUGUGACUUCAGGAAAGGAUCCAGUGCCUCUGUCUUUAGCAGCUUCUGUACCGGUCCCUGCUCCAGUCUUGGUCUCAGCCCCGAGGCUCUCUCCUCUCCUGAUGAAUAAAGUAAUCUGGAGCCCCUUGGAGAAGGACACUGCCAGAGCCUCCAGCCCGAACCAGCCUCAGCUCAUCCCAGCCCAUCUGCCUCUUGUAGUGCCAGCGUCUGCCCCAGUUUUGGGACUGCAGAGUUCCCCGAAACCAGCAGCUGCUGCUGGAGCCGUCAGCCCGGCGUCAUCGCCUGCUCCGGCCUCCAGCUCGGUUCCAGCUCCACUGCCGUUCUCUUUGCCGUCGGCAGUGCUUGUCCCAGCCACGAGUCCUGCCUCCGUCACCGCUCCUAGCCAGGCUUACUCCCAGACUGUCGCGCUUGUUCCAGCCGCUCCACCUCCAGCCGUCGCCUCUUUCACAGAGCCCAGAGUAGUCUCACUUUACCUGCCGUUCCACAAGUUCCCAGUCAGCGUUCCCUGCCCGUCGCCCGAUUCAGCCGCGUUGUCUCCGGGCCCGGUUCACAGCCCGGUCUUUACGUCAACGCAAACUCCAGCUCCUCUGACCGCCUCGGCCCAGAUAUCCUCCUCUACGCCAACGAUGAUGCCUCUUCUGGGCCUCACUGCUCCCCUUCAGCCUUCCUCCUCCUCCUCCUCCUCCUCCUCCACCUCCACCAGCAGUAACAGGAAUUCUGCAGUGGUGCCCAGCGUUUGGAGCAUGGUCCACGCCGAUACCAGGCAACCCAGUUCUCUCCAAGGGGUGAAGACCCCCAUCACCACAGUGUGGGGCCCGCAGCACAGCCUGCACACAGUGAGUGAAGCUGUUAACUAGGAGCCCAAAGUUGCCACCUUUUCACAUGUAUAUCUAUAUAUCUGGGAGGAGAGAAGCCGAACAUUCCUGCUGGCUGGACAACACUGUAUAUAGGAGAAUGUAUCUUCAUCACAAGUCCCCCCUUCUGUCAUUAACGCCUGCAGAGCACAGAUCAGACGUAUGAACUGGGACAAACGACAGGUGUUAUAGAGACGUUUAUGGUUUAAAUAUGUCCUCGAUGGAGGCACCUGCUGGUAAGAACCCCUUUUUUGUUAUAUCUUAAAAGGAAACAUUCCUCGGCGCAGAGUAAUUGAGUAUUGUACAGUUUUUCUUUGAUGCCGUUUGUCUUUUCUACAUUACAAUUUACAAACGAGGCGGAAAUAUCCCUUAAUUGUACAAAAAUGUCGAUUGGUGUCAUUUUCAGGACCAGCAGUAGCAGUACUAGACUUUAUUGAAUGUACACGAUGCAUAGAUCCCAUUGGCUAGGCUGCCUGUCAUCCGUUCCCCUCCAGGAUUAAAAAAAGGAGGAACAUGAAUAGUGUUUUUCCUCCACGCUCAGCGACAACGCCGUCGACCUCGAAGCAUUUAGUCUCACGCUUUACAUUUCCCUCUUAUUUUUUCUUUCUUCUUUUCCUUGGAAAUGACCAGAAGGGGAAUUGAUUGUACUGCAGCGAGCCUGAUUGAAUGACUCGAUGUGUCUGUCUCUCCCCCCCCCCCCCUUUCCUCCUGCCUUUUUAUAGCUAAGGAGAUUCAUUGUCAUCUCAACCUUUCAACGCUCUCAAGCGCCACGUGUCUCUUUGUUUGCCGUGUUUCUGCUGAAAGUGAAGCGGUUCUGUCCGUUACUUUGUGCAUCCCGGAUCGGUUGUGUUUGAGUUUCAGGGAUUGUUGUUGUUGUUGUUGUUGGGGGGGAUGAAAGGGAGAGGGUCACAUUGGAUCUGUUACAGAAAUCCAUUUGAGCAGCGAGGCGGUCUGACGACAUCGAGCUCCCGGGCUGAAACGGCGUUUCCCUUUUUUUAUUAUUUGUGGCGCAAAACACUUUAAAUAUGGGAUCCUCUUAUUUGGGGAAUAGAUGCAUGAUCCAUAUCUCCCUGUCGAUUUUUAGGGCAUUAUGAUUUGUUUCAGGUGUUUUCAAACCUGAACGUCUCGCCAGGGAAAAGAUGAAUUGAUGCGUUUAGCAGAUGUAGCAGAUGUACUGAAAUAGCUGAAAUUUUGAAGUUUUCUUUUCUUUUUCCCGGGGGGGGGGGGGGACAGCAUAAAAAUAUCCGUUAUUCCUCGAUGGUGCUUUCCACCUGUGUUUAGAAAUGGUUUCUUUAGAGUUGCUCAUCACUCACAGAGCUGUAGUUUCCAUGAAACUGUCUUCGCAUCAACAACUCAAAUAUAUAUAUAUAUAUAUAUAUAUAUAUAUAUAUAUAUAUAUA